UCUGGCGGAGGGGUGUCGUCGCACCCUCCGUUCCCUUCCAGUGGUUCCGGGGCAAAUGUUUGGGCCGGCUGCUCAGCAGGCACUAGAGCGUAGUGCACAAGCAGAUCAAGCCAGGCAGCAGUUUGCUGGCCUGCGGCGGGGCCCAAUUCCAAGGCAGAGGGAUCUUUUUACACCUGGUCCCAGCCAUUCUUAUCCACCUGCUCGCCCAGGUGGACGAGCUAGAGCCUCUCGCUAUUCUGGGCAAUAUGAUAAGCCGCGGCAGGCUCUUUCCCGGCCGGCUUUUCAGAUGCCAAGAGGACCAGCCCCCAGGUGUCGCCCCCCUAAAGGGUUUAGGGGGCGGGGGGGUCAGACCUGAGGCUCGAGGGGCCGGUGUCGGACACUUCUCACAGCAGCACCUCAGCUACUGGGAGAGGGAGACCACAGACCCUUGGGUGGUGUCCACUCUGUCCAAGGGAUACACGCUACAGUUCCGAUGCCGGCCACCCACUUUCUGCGGGUUCAGAAUGUCUGUGGUCACAGAUCCCGCAAAAUCCCUGGCCCUCAGCCAGGAACUAGUAACCCUCAUAGAGAAAGACGCCAUAGAGCCUGUAGAGUGGCAUACACGGCUCAGUGGGUUUUAUUCAGUGUAUUUUCUAAUUCCGAAGAAGGAUGGCGGGUUCCGCCCAAUCCUAGACUUGAGAGGGUUGAACAAGUUUUUAAAGGUCCAGCCAUUCCGCAUGUUGCGGAUGACGGAUGUUCUCCAGUCAAUUGCACAAGGGGCCUGGUUUGUAUCAAUAGAUCUCAAAGAUGCCUAUUUUCAUGUGCCUAUUGCCCCCCACCACAGGCAGUUCCUAAGGUUUGCUUUUCGAGGACCGGCUUACCAAUUCAAGGUGAUGCCUUUCGGUCUCUCACUGGCCCCUCGCAUAUUUACGAGGUGCGUGACAGCUGCUCUUUCCCCCAUGCAAGCCAGGGGUUUGACAAUCUUGCCGUACCUAGACGAUUGGCUACUCAUUUCUCAAACUGCGGAGCACGCAGUCAGAGACACAGCUACGCUCUUAGGUCAUGUAAGCCAGCUGGGCCUUACAGUGAACUACACCAAGAGCAAUCUUACACCCAGUCAGCGGGUAGAUUACCUGGGCAUGACACUCGACUCACAGUCAAUGAGAGCAUUCCUUUCCCCAAAGAGAGUGGAGGCUUUUCUGCAACUUAUCGGUUGCUUCCAGAGGGGCAGGGUUUUGAAGUACGGCCUCUUUCUCAGGCUGCUGGGCAUGCUGACAGCGGCAUCCAUGGUCGUCCCUCUGGGUCUUCUUUCCUUACGGCCCCUUCAAAUCUGGGUCAACGGACUCCACUUGGACCCCAAGUGGCACAGGGGCAGGAGCGUGAGAGUGUCCAACUCUUGCUGCCGAACAUUGAAGCCGUGGAGGAGCAAGGUGUAUCUGACCACGGGGGUUCCUCUGGGGGUAAUCCCCUCCCGUCGAGAGGUUGUGGAGACAGAUGCCUCACUUUUGGGAUGGGGUGCAGUCUGGCAGCGCAGGACCAUUAAGGGCCGAUGGAGCGUGCAGCAGAGGUUAGAACACAUAAAUGUGCUCGAGCUCAGAGCAAUAUAUCUGGCACUACGACAUUUUCUCCCAGUACUGAAGGACCGGCAUGUACUCGUCCGGACAGACAGCACAUCAGCGGUAUAUCAUAUCAACCAUCUGGGAGGCACCAGGUCCAGGCAGAGUCUGCGAGUGUCACAGCAGCUCCUUACGUGGGCAUUUCCCCACUUCCUGAGCCUCAGGGCCGUACAUCUCCCAGGCGCGCAGAACAUUGCGGCAGAUGUUCUCUCCAGGGGCCGCCAGGGAGAGUGGAGACUCCACCCAGAGGUAGUGGGAGUGAUUUGGAGCCAAUAUGGCAGAGCGGAAGUGGACGUCUUCGCCUCAGAAGCGUCAGCACAUUGUCCCCUCUGGUACUCCCUAAGGGAGAGGACCAGCCCUCUGGGGCAGGAUGCCCUCGCUCACACUUGGCCAGCAUGCCUUCUGUAUGCCUUUCCACCGAUUCCACUCAUUCGUGUGACGCUGGACAGAGUCCAAGUAGGAGGCCACAAACUACUGCUGGUAGCCCCCAACUGGCCAGGCAGGCCGUGGUUUCCAGUGCUCCUGAAACUGGUCAAUGGGGAGCCAUGGCGUCUCCCAAGGAGACCAGACCUUCUCUCUCAGCUGGAAGGACGCAUAUGGCAUCCGAAUCCAGAUCGCCUUCAGCUGUGUGUCUGGCCAUUGGAAGCCAGGAUCCCCUCCUGGCAUCCUGUGACCAGUCAGUGCCACACGGUGUUGAGUUCGAGGGCCCCCUCCACUAGGUCCCUCUACGCUAAUCGAUGGAAGCUUUUUUCCCAGUGGUGCAAGACAAAAGCGCAGGCUUCAGCAGUGGGGCUCCCCAGCGAGAAACUCAUCUCCCUCCGCCCGCAGCCGGAGAGAGCAGGAAGACACUGGCAACCGGUCAGUAACGAGACGCACAGCGUCAGUGAUGACGCAGCCAGACCGGCGCCCCUCAGCAGUCGAUGCCUGGGGCGCAGCUGA